UGCAGAUUAUUGCAGACUAAGCAGUCUGGCUUUGCAGCAGCACAAGCAGAGGCUCUGGGAAACUAGCCAGAGCCCAUCAGAAUUAGCUCCUUAUUUCAGAAUAUACACGCCGAACAAAGCCCUGCCUUGGGCAGAGGGAAGGCAGGCACAGACUUUCUUGCCCCCUUUCUUCUAGGGCUGCACUUCUUCGAAGUACAGGCAUUUCUCCCUAGGAGAGAUCCCUGAAACAAAAUGCCCCCCUUAAAGCCUCCCCUUUGCUAACUAUGUAGAACUAAGGAGGGAGAGUGGAAGCAGUGAACAGGGGCGUCUGCCUAUUGUUCUCCUUGUGCAAAUGGCCACAGAGCAGUCCCUUGACUGCUGUCAGAUUGUUAAAAUGGUCUCUCGGCCAAGUUUAACAAUCUGCAGUAGUUGGGACCCUUAUGAAACCAAACUGAGAGAUGGGAGAUUUCCUGAGGGCUAUCUCCCAUUCUCUAAAGAGGUCAGCAGUAAGGAGAACAGUGAGACGGAUACAUCCCUGACUAAAGAAAAUGGCUACGGACAUCAUGUCACUGAAAUUAAUUACCUCUUCCCUUUUUAAUCAUAUCGCUUCCAUGUGUAGUGCAUUUUUGUUUAUGGUUCUUGAUACAGUCACAAUGUCAUAUAUUGGGAUACGUUCCUGUUUAAAUCAUCGUGUGUAAGAAUCUCUGGGACUCUGAGCCUUGCUUUAGAGAAUUUCAAUGGACAAAGCAUUACAUAAAUCAUUUUAACAGUCUAGGUAAGGUAAAUAUCUUCACACUGUGAAUCCAUGUUUACACACAGUACAGGUGGGCCUUGUGGCCUGUUUCUACCACAGCAAUGUCUUCCUCAGCUCAAACACCCCAGUUCACAAAUACACCGGUAAGACUUACUCUUUUCCGCUAAUACAAUGUCAAUACCGUAUCCUCGCAGAGGCUAAGAGUCCCCCUCUUAUUAUGUAUUCCUUUCACUUAGAUGUAGCAUACCUGUUAGUUUCUUUUUAUUCAUUGUCUGUAUAUCUCUAUAUUUUAUCCAUGUACACUUUUAAUGUAUAGAAAUAGUUGUUUGAAAUACAUUGUUUCCUUGUGGUAAGUGACAGAGAAGCUGCCACGGGAUAUGAGACACUGAUGAAUGGUGCUAUUUUGGACUUUUAAACAUGCUCCUUGGCAAGGUAGCUCUGAUGGGAGUUUUUUUUUUCUUUCAUGUUCUAAGAAGGUGUUGGUAUUUUUUUUUCCUGAUUGUUGUUCUUUAGGCGGGACUGAUUUUAUACUUUUGUCUUUAGUGUGGCUUUUUAAAUAUAGUCUUCUAGGGGUAAAUAACUAACUAAGCAGUGACAAAAGUUGUUUUUUUUUCCCCCCCAAGUUCCUUUUAAUUAUUCUGGGUAGAUUCACCAACAAAAAUGUUAUAGUGGGAGCAAACACAAAAAUGUAAUUUAGCUAAAUAUUUUAGAUAUGUCGGAUUUGUAUAUUAGAGAAAAAUAGCAAUAACGUUUCACUGUGUAGGAAACUCCACUUUGUUUUUUUUAGAAGGCACUUAUGUUAAAAAGUGAGGGAGGGUAGGUUUCUAAAUGUCCUGUGUUUAUGGCAGUUAUUACUUUUAAGAGCGAGGCAGCUGGUAAUAUUUUUAAGAUGGGGAAAUUGAUAGAAAACACUGAUAAUUUCUAAGUGUUACACUUUUAUUCUUGCUCUCAGUGACAAAACCAACUAAUAACCUACUCACGAAAUGCUGUUGUGUUAGACACAAUCUGGAAGCCCACCUUAACUUUUUUGUUUCGUAUACCUACUUUUUUAGCUCUUCCUUCACAGUGCAGACUAUGCUCUGAACUGACUUAGCUUUUGACUGUUAAAUACAAGUGCAUGCUUUGCUUCCUCCUUUUUUUCUUUUAUUUCCUGUUUUUGAGUGUCAUAUUGUAUAAUUAGAAGCUAUCGACUGUGCUGUAUAUAAUAGAGCAAUUAAUCAGUAUUAUGCAGUUGUGGAAUUUAUGUAUGGUUGCAAUUGUGUAUUGAUAAAAAGGCAAGCUUUUGUAAUAAUGUGAUCUUUAAUGAUGCACUACACGUACCCAAUGUAUUUUAACUAUUUUAGUAGAAUUUGGUCAAUAAAUAUGCAAGCUCUAACCAUUUUAAACUGUG